AUGGAUAAUGAUGACCACUACCAUUAUUGUAUGGGCAACAUGGGUAAGAAAUGGAAAGACAAUAGGUGGAGACUAGCCAAUGAAAUAUAUGAGAAAGAUAAAACUUUUCAGGAAAACCUUGAUCUUUACCCUGAAGGCAUGACAAGAGAACAAUGGGCAAGUUUUUUGACAUACAAAACAAGUGAGAAGGCAAAGAAGUAUAGUAUUAUCAAUACUGCAAAUAGACAGAAACAAACAAUCCCACACACACUUGGCUCAAAGACGUUAGCAAGGAGGAAAAGGGAGCUGGAGAUACAAGAAGGACGCAAAUUUAGCAGAGGUGAGAUGUAUGCUGUUUCUCAUAUCAAAAAGGAUGGCAAUUUUGUGAAUGAGGAAGCUAGGCUAAAAAAUGAUAAUUUAAUUAUAGAGAUGGAUAAAGCCAAUUUCGAAGAUGAGGCUUUUGUAAAUGUGUUUGGGAAGGAGCACCCAGGUCGAGUUAGAGGCAUGGGUUUUGGGGUGGUCCCAAGCCAAAUCCGUAGAACAUCUACCAGUUCAGCCUCAACUUCUUGUAGUGGUCCUACACAAGCUGAGUAUGAUGCCCUGAAAGGAGAAUUGGACACUAUAAAAGGCAAGAUGGCUGAGUUUGAUACAUUGAAAUCGCAAAUGGCACAUUUUAUGCAAAAUUUUGUUGGCCACUCACCAUCUAAUCAGGUUGUUGACUUGGGCUCUCCUGGAAUCAGAAAGUCCUCCCAUGCUAGUCAUGACCCUUCUGAUGGGCCAACUAUAUCAAAUCAAGCACCCCAACCACCACAAUCCUAA